UCCUGAAGAUAAUUGCCUAUGGAUUUCUUUUUCAUGCAGAUGCUUACUUAAGAAACUGCUGGAAUAUUUUAGACUUUGUUUGCGUAUCAGUUGGGUAAGUUGGUAUUUUUGCUGGGUCUCCUUAUAACAUUAUGAAUACUUCCCUUUGGAUUUUUCUUUUUUCUUUUCCCAUGUUCAUUGUGUCAUUUGUUUGAAAAUUGUGAUGAAGUAGAACUUAAGUAGGAGUAUGAAUUGUGCAUUUUAUUUAGUACUACAUAGCUCUUUAUUUAUCAAAACUGUCUCUUGAAGUUCCAGUUGUUAAAAUAGUACUUAGUCGGACAUUUGUUGCUCUUGCAGACUGUUCACUGUGGCUGUGGACGCGAUUAAUCACAUCAGUGGAGUAGAACCUGUAGUUGGAGAAAAAGGUGGUGGUUUCGAUAUGAAAGCUCUGAGGGCAUUCAGAGUCCUUCGACCAUUGAGACUGGUGUCCGGAGUCCCAAAGCAGAGAUCUUCAACAAACAGACAGCUUUAAACUCACGGAAUUCCUUCUCAGUGCUUGUUGGUACACAUUAAGUCAUUUUAAAUCUACUCUGUGUAACACACAGCACAAAAUGUCACGUUAGUACAGACAGUUGACACCAUGUCAAUACGCAGAUUUCAGGAGAACUAUAGUAAACCCAAGGGAGUAUGUAGUGUAUUGCCCUUAUUGUGGUGAGGAACAAGCUGUUCUUGAAGUGAAGUGUUGUGGUAGAGAACGCUCUGUACCUUCUUCCCCAGUGCACCAUUUAAAAGAUGUGAUGGGAGGGGUGGGUGAAGUCAAAGAUCAUUUCCUUUGUUGUGUUUAUUCUUUGGUGUGGAGCUUGAGUCUAUUGAUGGACUAGGAAGACCAACGAUUUCUGGAUAAAGUAUUUUUAUGCCUUGAUUCAACCGUUGCAGAUUUAGUAUGGAUAUCAAAACGUUAUUUGAUUCUAAAAUGUAUUUUGUUCUUCCUUAGGCCUGCAAGUAGUCAUGAACUCCAUCCUGAAGUCCAUGCUGCCCUUGUUUCACAUAACCCUACUGGUCUUUUUCAUGGUUACCAUCUACUCUAUCAUGGCUCUUGAGCUAUUCAAAUGUAAAAUGCAUAAAACUUGCUACUACACAGGCACCGACAUCAUUGCUACAGUGGAGAAUGAAAAGCCUGCCCCAUGUGCCCAAGCAGGGAAUGGUCGUCGUUGCUCCAUCAAUAGCACCGAGUGUCGAGCCGGCUGGCCUGGCCCAAACCAUGGCAUCACUCACUUUGACAAUUUAGGAUUUUCAAUGCUGACUGUGUACCAGUGUAUCACUACACAAGGGUGGACUGAUGUCCUAUACUGGGUGAAUGAUGCAAUUGGAAUGGAAUGGCCCUGGAUCUUUUUCACCACACUCAUCCUGGUCGGUUCCUACUUCGUGCUCAACCUUGUUCUUGGUGUACUUAGUGGUGAGUUCACCAAAGAGCGAGAGAAGGCCAAGUCCCGAGGUGAGUUUCAGAAGUUGAGGGAGACCCAGCAGCUGGAUGAAGACCUGAAGGGUUAUAUGGAGUGGAUCACCCAGGCUGAAGUCAUGGAUAUUGACCAGGAGGGACAGAGUUUGCUCCCCACUGAAAAUGGCGGAUCAGAUGCAGGAAGUGUCGGCAAAAUGGACACAAUGCAGUUGAUAAUGUAUUAUUAUAAACAGGCUCGCAAGUGGAACCGCUGGUUACGCCGUAAAUGCCGGGUGUACGUUAAGUCCAAACUUUUCUAUUGGUGGGUGAUUAUGCUCGUCUUCUUCAAUACGCUAGCUAUUGCGACAGAACACCACAAGCAGUCUGAAAGGCUCUCAAACUGGCAAGACAACACCAAUAGUCUACUGCUGUCCAUGUUUUCCCUGGAGAUGGUUAUGAAGAUGUAUGCUCUUGGCUUCUCUUCAUACUUCAUGUCACUCUUCAAUCGUUUUGACUGCUUUGUGGUGUCCACUGGCAUCUUUGAGCUCAUCCUCGUACAAAUGAACAUCAUGUCAGUCAUGGGCAUCUCAGUGCUGCGCUGCAUACGCCUGCUACGUUUGCUCAAAGUCACCAGAUACUGGACCUCUCUCAGUAAUCUGGUGGCUUCCCUCUUGAACUCAGUCCGUUCUAUUGCCUGCUUGCUGUUACUGCUCUUCCUCUUUAUUGUCAUCUUCUCCCUGCUGGGUAUGCAGGUGUUUGGAGGAAAGUUCAAUUUUUCAAACCAACCAAAACCCCGGAGCACUUUUGACAGCUUCCCUCAAGCUCUGAUAACUGUUUUCCAGAUUCUUACAGGUGAGGAUUGGAAUGCUGUCAUGUAUGAUGGCAUAAUGGCACAUGGGGGACCCAGCAUGCCUGGAAUCCUUGUCAGCAUCUACUUCAUCAUCCUGUUUGUCUGUGGAAAUUUCAUUCUUCUAAAUGUCUUCCUGGCCAUUGCAGUCGAUAAUUUGGCUGAGGCUGAAUCUUUAACUUUGGCACAGAAGGAGAAAGCCGAGGAUAAGAAGCGAAAGAAAGCACUCAGGGCCAACUUGCCAAACAAGACUUCUGAGGAAAAAGCCAAUCUUGCAAAGAAAUUAGCUGAGCAGAGAGCCAAGGGCCUCGAGGGCAUCCCCACUACUGCAAGGCUUAAAAUUGAUGAGUUUGAGUCAAACGUGAAUGAAAUUAAAGACCCCUUCCCUCCAGCUGACUUUCCUGGUGAUGAUGAAGAGGAGGACCCUGAGAUCCCAGAAAGCCCAAGACCUCGUCCAAUGGCUGAUCUUCAGUUGAAGGAAGAAGCGGUACCAAUGCCAGAAGCCAGUUCAUUUUUCAUCUUUGGACCACAAAACAAAUUCCGGAAGCUGUGCCAUCGGAUCAUAAAUGCAACCGCAUUCACCAACAUCAUCCUCCUUUUCAUCCUACUGUCAUCUGUUUCUUUAGCAGCUGAGGAUCCGAUCGACCCAAUGUCCUUCAGGAACCAGGUGUUGGCGUAUGCUGAUAUAGUCUUCACUUCAGUGUUUACAGCAGAGAUUGUCCUCAAGAUGACAACGUAUGGUGCCUUUCUUCACAACGGGUCUUUCUGCCGGAACUCUUUUAACAUUUUGGAUCUGCUGGUUGUCAGUGUAUCGUUGCUCUCAAUGGGAAUGGAAUCCAGUGCCAUCUCAGUGGUUAAGAUUCUCAGGGUGUUGAGGGUACUUCGACCGCUGAGGGCCAUCAACCGAGCGAAGGGCCUGAAGCAUGUGGUCCAGUCUGUGUUUGUUGCUGUCAAGACCAUCGGAAACAUUGUACUGGUUACCAUGCUGCUUGACUUCAUGUUUGCCUGCAUCGGAGUUCAGCUUUUCAAGGGAAAGUUCUAUUCCUGCACAGACCCCGACAAAAUGACUGAGGAAGAAUGCAAAGGUUGGUAUAUAAAGUAUCAGGAAGGAGCACUUCAUGAGAUGGAGGUCCAAAAGAGGGAAUGGACCAACUCCGAACUAAACUUUGACAACAUCUUCAAUGGCAUGCUGGCGCUCUUCACCAUUUCUACAUUUGAAGGCUGGCCAAAGAUCCUUCACAAAGCCAUUGAUUCAAAUAUAGAAGAUCAAGGGCCGGUGUACAAUAACAGAGUUGCCAUCUCAAUUUUCUUUAUCAUCUACCUCAUCCUUAUCGCCUUUUUCAUGAUGAACAUAUUUGUGGGUUUCGUCAUCGUCACCUUCCAGGAACAAGGAGAGCAAGAGUAUAAAAACUGUGAGCUGGACAAAAACCAGCGCCAGUGUGUGCAGUAUGCUCUUAAGGCCCGACCACUACGAUGUUAUAUUCCCAAGAACCCUUACCAAUAUCAAGUGUGGUACAUUGUCACGUCCUGCUACUUUGAAUACCUUAUGUUCCUUCUUAUAAUGCUCAACACCAUGUGUCUGGGAAUGCAGCACUGCAACCAGUCAGACCAUGUUACACAUCUAUCUGACAUGCUGAAUGUAAUUUUCACUGUGCUCUUCACUGUGGAGAUGAUCCUGAAACUGAUGGCCUUCAAAGCUAAGGGUUACUUUGGAGACCCCUGGAAUGUUUUUGACUUUGUCAUUGUCAUUGGAAGUGUUGUGGAUGUGAUUCUGAGUGAAAUUGAUGCAGCACUGGUGUCCUCUGGGGGGCUUUACUGUCUCCAUGGCUGCGAUGCAGUCGAUCCUAUGCAAGCAAUUGCCUCUUCGGAGAAUAUGAGUGUUUCAAUCACAUUCUUCCGACUGUUUCGGGUUAUGCGACUGGUGAAACUUUUGAAUCGCUCUGAAGGAAUAAGGAAUCUGCUUUGGACCUUCAUAAAAUCCCUUCAGGCUCUUCCCUAUGUUGCGCUGCUCAUUCUAAUGCUGUUCUUUAUAUAUGCUGUUGUUGGAAUGCAGAUAUUUGGUAAAAUUGCUUUGGUUGAUGGUACAUACAUCAACAGGAACAACAACUUCCAGACUUUUCCGCAGGCUGUGCUGCUGUUAUUCAGAUGUGCAACAGGGGAAGCAUGGCAUGAGGUGAUGCUCGGAAGCAUGUAUGGAAAGAAAUGUGAUGCCAAGUCAGAUUACCUACCUGGAGAAGAGUUCACCUGUGGAUCCAACUUUGCCAUCAUUUACUUCAUGAGUUUCUACAUGUUAUGUGCUUUUCUGAUUAUAAACCUGUUUGUGGCUGUCAUUAUGGAUAACUUUGAUUAUCUGACCCGUGAUUGGUCCAUUCUGGGCCCCCAGCACUUGGAUGAGUUCAAGAAAAUAUGGGCGGAAUAUGAUCCAGAGGCCACGGGGCGUAUUAAGCAUCUUGAUGUCGUGACACUUCUACGGCGAAUACCCCCUCCUUUGGGUUUUGGCAAGUUUUGUCCUCAUCGUAUUGCCUGCAAGAGGCUAGUCUCCAUGAACAUGCCUCUCAACAAUGACGGAACAGUUACCUUCAAUGCGACUCUCUUUGCCCUGGUUAGAACUGCACUGAAAAUAAAAACAGAAGGUAAUUUCGAACAAGCCAAUGAGGAGCUGAGAGCAAUUAUUAAGAAGAUCUGGAAGCGUACGAGUAUGAAACUGCUGGACCAAGUCAUUCCACCAAUAGGAGAUGAUGAAGUGACUGUGGGGAAAUUCUAUGCAACAUUCUUAAUCCAGGAUUAUUUCAGGAAAAUGAAAAAAAGACAGGAGGAAUACUAUGGUUACAGGCCGACAAAGAAAAACGCAACAAAUGAAAUACAGGCAGGACUUAGGAACAUCGACGACGAGGCUGCUCCAGAGCUCCAUCGGACUAUCUCCGGUGAUCUCCUCAAUGAAGACGAGAUGGACAGAGCUACCGAUGAGGCCGUAGAAGAAAUCUUCAGGAGGCAAGGCAGUCUUUUUGGGAACCACUCGGACCCCUUUGUCGUGGGGAGUGACGUGACCAGCGGCAACCAGGCUACAAGUCAGCGCCCACUGCAAAUAGCAGAGGGAACCACGAACAACAACACCAAAGGCGCGUAUUGAUGCCUGCUCUGUAUACAGCUGGGAGAAAGGACUCACAUUCAGCGAAUUAAGGGGCAUUUCUUAAAGGGAGAAAACCGAAGCAACGGCACCCUUUGUGUGGAUACGACCGUGAACUGCUUUGAUUUGGUUGUGUUGCUUAUUACAGAUACUCACAAUAAAUUCAUGAAUAAAGAUCAAAUUCAAAA